UUUUGAAUCGAAGCCCAGCGCGUCACUUUUGCUGGACACUUCGAAAAUAAAAGACGUAUAUUUUAUUUCAACGACUUGGUCAUAUUUUACAGGUAUUAUCAUCAACACCCCAAAAUUCAACAUGACAAGUUGGUGGAUGAAUUCCCAAAGUUCCUAAUGAAGAGCAGACCAGUAAAUGAUAUGUACUACCUGCGAGACAGACAAACCAAAGACCAAACUCCUUCGGAAAACAGUGUAUCUAAUCCCGAACCACCCAGCACUGGUCAAGAAACCAAUUAUCCAAUGAGCAGCGCCGAACAACUGGUCAACCAAAGUAUAAAUACAGAAUCUAACAAAACCAGCGAUAUAGAAACAAUAGAAGAAACAACGGACAGUGCUGCUACUGAAGCCACAGCAUCAAACACUGGACUCAGUGAAAGCUCAACUCAAAACACUAGCCACGUUCACACCGAAAGUGACACUGAAAACAUCACAGACAAUACUACAAAUUUAAGUGAAAGUGUAAAUAAUAUCCAGAACAAAAUGGCCACAGGAAUUAAUUUAAAGCUUAAGAAAUUCAGUGGAAGUGAAAAUGUUCAUGUGUGGCUGUCAAAUUUAGACAGCUGGCAAAAAUUUCACAAGGUGACAGACAAUGAAGCACUAUUAGCCAUUGGGUGCAGCCUUGAAGGUCAAGCAGAGACCUGGCUACAAACACUGACGACCCAACAACGAACCAACCUUAAAGACUUUAAGGACUGCCUGAAAAGCAGAUUUGCACCUCAGGAGACAAAUUUUUCCUUACUCUCCAUUAAACAACAACAUGGAGAAUCUACAGACACCUAUCUCUCAAGAGCAGAGAAAACGGCCUUAGGACACGACCUGCCUGAGAUAUAUAAAGUUAAGUUUGUUUUUCAGGGACUCGAGAAACAAAUUAAAGAAAAGGUUCUUUCAAAAGAACCAAAGACUUUCCAACAGUUGCGUUAUGCAGUUUCCCUGGCAAAUGCACAGAUUGAGUGCAGGACAGAAAAUGACAACAGUCUGAAUCUAAUCGCCCUCGCCGCUCAGUUGAAAGAGUCACUCAAGGAAGAAAUCAAUGCCUUGGUACCAAACAUCCCACAGACACAAAAGAAAAGUGGAUGGAAAAACAAAAAACAAACAUUUGGACAAUUUCAACAAGUUCAAGCUAAUCCGCAAUUUCAGCCCACUGUGAACUUUGUGCCCUCUGUGCCUAACGAUGCGUGGACCAAUCCCACUUAUGCUGUGCCGCCUCAAAAUUUCCAUCAGCAUCCACCAAUGCAGCAGAUGCAGACAGCACCAAUGAGACAGAAUGGUCAAAGAAUGGGUAGAGGAUGCAAGGGAUGCGGUAAGUCUUGCUAUCCCAGAUUUAAUUGUCCUGCUUAUAAUGUACAAUGUUUUAAUUGUGGUAAAAUGCGUCACUUUGCGUCUGUCUGUCAGUCACCAAAAACAAGACCACACUUCUCUGGCACCACUCACCCACAAAACCCAACAAACAAUCAAACAUGCUAGGGAAACGCGCCUAUCCUUGUUAAGGAUAGGCACCAAACUAACAGUAACAGUGCAUCCUCACUAACAGCUCAUUCUAGGCAUGAAUCAACUAACAUUCGCUGUCAAACUAACAAGCCCAAAACCUCAAUCUCCCCAUCAACCUCUGCUAACAAGACCAAAUCAAAUAGGGGUAAGAAAACACACAGCUCUGUUAACUUGAUUAUGCCUAUCAUGAAAAAUAGUGUUAGUGUAGAUAUUUAUGGCACCCCCAUACGUGCAUUGGUUGAUACAGGUGCAUCUAUUUCUUGCAU